CCAGAAGAGGGCGCUGGAUCUCCUGGAACUGGGUUACAGAUGGCUAUGAGCAGCCAUGUGGGUGCCGGGAACUGAACCUGCCUGGGUCCUCUGCAAGACCAGCCAGUGCUCUUACCUGCUGAGAAGCUUCCCACCUCCUCUAACCGUUCUUCCCCUCAGAGCUCAGGAAACCUCGUGGAAAGAGGUGGCAGAAAGAGACAGAAGGCAUGGAGGACACUGAAGACACGAAAUCCUCUAAACCAACGUGAGCAAAGCCCACGUGGACUCAGACCUAAGCAAGCAGCACGCACAGGCCCUGCACGAGUCUGCCCCAGGUGCUCACAUGAUGGCCUCCAGCUCAGUGUUUUCACCCCUGAGUGUGUGUUGAGCCGAGCCAGCUAUACCCAGAGAACACAUCAUGGAGCCUGGAAAGGAAAAAGGGACAGCGACCCCUCGAGAGCAGAAUCAGAGUCCAAGACCUAACUUGAAGCCUGUAACAAUGAAUAAAAAUUUACGGAAAAAAAAGAAGAAAGAUCUAGAAGAGCUGAAGAAAGAAGUGGAUAUGGAUGAUCACAAGCUAACCUUGGAUGAGUUGAGUGCCAAGUACUCUGUGGACUUGACCAGGGGCCAUAGCCUCAAAGAUGCCCAGGAAAUUCUGUUUAUAAAUGGACCAAAUUCGUUAACCCCUCCUCCAUCGAUUCCAAAUUGGGUCAAAUUCUGUAAACAAAUGUUUGGUGGCUUCUCCCUCCUGCUAUGGACUGGUGCCUUUCUCUGCUUCCUGGCCUACAGCAUAAAUCUACGGUACAACGAAAAAGCCGACAAAGACAAUCUGUACCUGGGUAUUGUACUAUCUGCUGUGGUCCUCAUUACUGGCUGCUUCUCGUAUUACCAGGAGUCCAAGAGCUCCAAGAUCAUGGAAUCUUUUAAGAACAUGGUGCCUCAGCAAGCCCUGGUAAUUCGAGACGGAGAGAGGAUGCAAAUCAAUGUAAAAGAUGUGGUUUUGGGAGACCUAGUAGAAGUGAAGGGUGGAGACCAAGUCCCUGCUGAUAUCAGGGUUAUCUCCGCACAAGGAUGUAAGGUGGACAAUUCCUCCUUGACUGGGGAAUCAGAACCCCAGUCUCGCUGUCCUGAUUGCACCCAUGAGAACCCUCUGGAGACCCGGAACAUCAUCUUCUUCUCCACCAACUGUGUAGAAGGAACAGCCCGGGGUAUCGUGAUUAGUACCGGAGACAACACAGUAAUGGGCCGAAUCGCUUCACUAACAUCUGGCUUGACAAUGGGCCAGACCCCCAUUGCAGUUGAAAUUGAACACUUCAUCCAUCUGAUCACAGCUGUCGCUGUCUUCCUUGGUGUCACUUUUUUUUUCCUCUCACUUAUCUUGGGCUAUGGCUGGCUGGAUGCUGUCAUUUUCCUUAUUGGCAUCAUUGUGGCCAAUGUCCCUGAAGGGCUGCUGGCCACUGUCACUGUGUGCCUGACGCUGACAGCCAAGCGCAUGGCUCGGAAGAAUUGCCUGGUGAAGAACCUGGAGGCGGUGGAGACCCUGGGCUCCACAUCCACCAUCUGCUCCGACAAGACAGGCACCCUCACCCAGAACCGCAUGACAGUGGCCCACUUGUGGUUUGACAAGACUGUGUAUGAGGCUGACACCAGUGAAGAACAAACUACCGGGAAAACAUUUCCCAAGUCCUCCGACACCUGGUUUUACCUGGCUCGAAUUGCUGGCCUCUGUAACCGGGCUGACUUUAAGCCCCAUCAGGAAUCUGUUCCCGUAGCUAAGCGGGCAACAACAGGAGACGCUUCUGAGUCCGCCCUCCUCAAAUUCAUUGAACAAUCUUACAACUCUGUGAAUGAAAUGAGAGAGAAAAACCCCAAGGUGGCCGAGAUUCCCUUUAAUUCUACCAACAAGUACCAGAUGUCCAUCCAUCUUCUGGAAGAUAACCCCCAAGCCCAUAUGCUCAUGAUGAAGGGUGCUCCAGAGAAGAUCUUGGAUUUUUGCACCAGUUUCAUGCUGAAUGGGCAGGAGUUUCCUAUGGAUGAGGAAAUGAAAGUAGACUUCCAAAAUGCCUACUUAGAACUAGGAGGCAUGGGAGAGCGAGUGCUGGGUUUCUGCUACUUGAACUUGCCUAGCAACUUCUCGAAGGGAUUCCAGUUUAAUACAGAUGAGUUAAACUUCCCCAUGGAGAGCCUGUGUUUCGUUGGCCUCAUAUCAAUGAUAGACCCUCCUCGGACUGCUGUGCCCGACGCUGUGGGCAAGUGUCGAAAUGCGGGCAUUAAGGUAAUCAUGGUAACAGGGGAUCAUCCCAUCACCGCCAAAGCUAUUGCCAAAAGUGUGGGCAUCAUUUCAGAAGCCAACGAGACAGCAGAGGAAAUGGCUGCUCGGCUAAAUAUCCCUGUCAGCCAACUCAAUACCAAGUCUAUUAAAGCCAUCGUAGUGCACGGCUCAGAGCUAAAGGACAUGGACUCAAACCAGCUGGACCAUAUCCUCAAGACCUACAAGGAGAUAGUGUUUGCUCGAACAUCUCCUCAGCAGAAGCUCAUCAUCGUGGAGGGGUGUCAGAGACUGGGAGCCAUUGUGGCAGUGACUGGUGACGGGGUGAAUGACUCCCCCGCACUGAAGAAGGCUGACAUCGGCAUUGCCAUGGGCAUCACUGGUUCUGAUGUCUCUAAGCAGGCAGCUGACAUGAUCCUUCUUGACGACAACUUUGCCUCCAUUGUGACAGGCGUGGAGGAGGGUCGCCUCAUCUUUGAUAACCUGAAGAAGUCCAUCGCAUACACCCUGACCAGCAACAUCCCUGAGAUCACCCCCUUCCUGAUGUUCAUUAUCCUAAGUAUACCCUUGCCUCUGGGUACCAUUACCAUUCUCUGCAUUGACCUGGGCACUGACAUGGUCCCUGCGAUCUCCUUGGCUUACGAGUCACCUGAAAGUGACAUCAUGAAGAGGCUCCCACGAAACCCCAAAACUGACAAUCUCGUGAACCACCGUCUCAUUGGCAUGGCCUAUGGGCAGAUUGGGAUGAUACAGGCGCUGGCUGGAUUUUUCACCUAUUUUGUGAUCCUGGCUGAGAAUGGUUUUAAGCCUUUGGAUCUGCUGGGUAUCCGUCUAUAUUGGGAUGAUGCACGCCUAAAUGACCUAGAAGAUAGCUACGGGCAGCAGUGGACCUACGAGCAGCGGAAGGUGAUGGAGUUCACAUGCCAAACGUCCUUCUUCAUCAGCAUUGUGAUUGUGCAGUGGGCUGACCUCAUCAUCUGCAAGACCCGCCGCAACUCACUCUUCAAACAGGGCAUGAAAAACAAAGUCCUAUUAUUUGGAAUCUUUGAGGAGACAAUGUUGGCAGCUAUCCUGUCCUACACUCCGGGCAUGGAUGUGGCCCUGCGAAUGUACCCACUCAAGAUAAACUGGUGGUUCUGUGCUAUUCCCUACAGUGCUCUCAUCUUCAUCUAUGAUGAAGGCAGAAAACUCAUCAUCCGUAGACGGCCUGGUGGAUGGCUGGAGAAGGAAACAUACUACUAGAUGCAGCCGAGAAAGAUCUUCACAUGACAUUGGUCUCACAAAAGCUGAGUCUGAGUGUGACACAGCAUCUGAGAUAAGGCUGAGCAGGGGCAGAGACACUGGAUUGAAUUUACUCUGGAUGAGGGAGAAGUUUCCUGGGGCUGAAACAAGAGGAUCUGGCAGGAGGCGGGGUGGGUUGGGGAAAGCCCAGUCUGCUCUGCCUGGAGCCCAGUGAGGAGGUGCACAAUCUCGUUACAUCCAGUAGCCAGUCUAGAGAGUAAACAUUUGGAAGAGACCUCACCUAACCCGGGGUGUAGAAGUCUGAUUUGAGGGGACUAGAGCUCCCUCCCAACACCGACAUUGUAACUGGCCAAGGGAGACCUCCAGGGAUCUGAGAGGAGGCUGAAAAAGGACAAGAAUCUGUGGCUAGGUGUGGUGGCACAUACCCUUAAUACCAGCAUUUGGAAGGUAGAAGCAGGUGGAUCUCUGUGAAUUUGAGGCCAACCUGACUGCGUGGUGAGUUCCAGACCACACAGGGCUACACAGUGAGAUCCUGCCUUUAAACGCAGAAGAUUAAGCAUACUUGUCACUGAAGGGUAUUUCCCAUUUUAAGAUCAAUGUCUGAUGUCCUGUCAGUGUAAGGGACAAGAGAACGCCCCCCAAAGUCUGGCUAGAACCAGCUGGUGAAAGGGAGACAAGAGAAGACCAGCUGAGCUACAUCUCCCAUAUCUGUAUUCGCAUUUGGGGCUUGUGGGGCCAAAUAAUCUAGACUCUGACUUGGAUUUUCUCAGGCCAGACUACAGGCCACAGUGUUGUUGUUCUAAGAGUCCUAAUAACAUCGGGUCCUACAAGGUUCAAUGACUUGGGAAUAGUUACAUGGGGGGGGGAAUCCUCUCCUCUAGGGCAGACUGGUGGUCCCUGCCUGUUAGCCCUGCCAUCAGGACAGCCCCACCCCAUCCCUUCCCUUAACCUUUGCUCUCCAGUAUAACCUUGAAACAGGCUAUAAGCUAGGCAAAUACUGUGCUGUUGAGCUACCCCCGGGGGCCCCGAACCCAGAUUUUUCUGGUCUGGUCUUAGUAAAAAGGUGCAAAGAGCUGGGCAUUGGUGGUGCACACUUUUAAUCCCAGCACUGGGGAGGCAGACGCAGGUGGAUUUCUGUGAGUUCCGGACCAGCCUGGUCUACAGUGCGAGUUCUAGGACAGCCUCCAAAACAAUACAGAGAAACCCUGUCUCCAAAACAAAACAAAACAAAAACAAAAAAAGGUGCAAGGAGCCUCUCUCCUACCCUCCCUCCUCCCUAGGUUCCUCCCGGCUUUGUCUCCCCUCAGGAACUUGUUUCUGCUCAGUGAACACCUCUGCUAUGCUCUGUGACUCUCAGUUCAUUCUCAGGUACCUUUUAGAGGUAUCUGCCCCACAAGACACAGAGGGAUGCUGAGGAAGACCGGGAGGAAACCAGCACUGUUACCAAAGUGCAGCGUAGGAACAACUGCCCACCUCCCAGCGUGGCGACAAUGACCGAACCCACCAUAGUUCUCAGCACCAUUUUUCUACCACUCCACUCUGAUUCGAAAGAGGAGAAAGUAGAGCUUCAUUCCAGAACUUGUACCACUAAAUGCUUUCCAAACUAGUCUUCAGUGGUAACUGGGACCAAACAUGGUUACUAGCAAGGCAACUAAGUGGGAUAAUGGCAGAGGAGCAUAGAUCUGGAGGAUGGGAUUUUUUUUGCAAGCUGGCAGAAAACCAAACAAACAAAAAGACCCUCCCGUUGGAAGCUGUAGCAGCCCCUCUUUCUCUGUCUCAGGCCCCUUUCUCAGAGGUUACCUCCGCUCCUUUUCUCUUCCAACACAAGGUCUCCUGGGGACAGAGCUAUAUCAGUCUGGGGUCCACCCCGGCUGCUGACAGGGCUGAAACAGACCCUGGAAGAUGAAAGCGGGAGAGGGGAGGGACAUGAGAUGGGGAGGGGGAGCGGAGGGACCAGCUCCUCAAGUUUCACUAGUGAGGAACUUUGAGUGUCUGGUGGGUUAAAAAUACUGACGCCCCAACUCAGGGUCAUUUGAUACGGGUGGCUGGGGCGUGUUAAAUCCAAAGGCCUGCACACAGGCAGCCUGGAAGGAAGGGCUCUGAGUGGACAGAAUGGAGUACAGCGUCAGAGAGAGGCCUGGAGUAGUGAUGGAGGACCUGAUGGAAAUGGAGGCCACCGGUGAGGAGUGGCAGCUGCAUAGGAGGAGCUGAAGGGGCCAGGGUCAUCUCGCGGUCCUGUCUCAUCCCAAAGGUCCAGUCCAUGAUGGAAGAAGUCUAGUGCUCCAUUGUCUGAUCAGAUAUUUACCUCUCCCCAGAACCCUGCAGAAAUGAGACGCCAAGGCUGCAUCUACCCGGGAGCAGGCCUGCCCAUCACCCCCGGGUGGCCUUUGCAGCCAGGGUCGUAAGCUCUGCCUGGCACAUGAGGCAGUCCCCUGGGAGAUCAUGAGACAGGAUUCUGAGAUCUCCCCAGCUCCAGUGCCAUGUACUGGCCUCUCCUGCUACGGGACAGCUGUCCCUCUUGUAUCCUCUCCUCCAGCUCUUAAGAAUCAGCUGCAUAAGAUCUGCCCCGUGGCCGUGAAAGAAGUUCUGCUAAUAUAACCUCGUGUUUCUACGUAGAUGCAAAAUAAACACUCAUUUGAGAAUGAGAACUA